AUGGCCGUCCAAAACCGCCUCAAGCUCUGCCUCAUCGGCCUCGGCCGUCUCGGUGCUCUGCGCGCCAAGAUUCUCGCCUUCGAGCAGCCGCGCAUCGAGCUCGUGGCCGUGUGCGACACCAAGCCCGGCGCCGACAAAUGGGCCGCCGCCAACCUCCCGCCGUCGGUCAAGUUCUUCGCGACGCCGGAAGAGUGCAUGAAGAACAGCGGCGCGCAGGCCGUCUUGAUCUCGACGGCGACGGCCACCCACGCGCCUUUGAUUUGCCUUGCGUUCGACAUGGGCCUGCAUGUAAUGUGCGAGAAGCCCAUCUCUGUGGACAUCAUCACCACGAAGGACGUUGUAGCCAAGUCUGCGGCAAACCCCCACCUUAAGUUCCUGCUCCCCUUCUCACGGAGAUGUCUAGUAAUGUAA